AUGCUGAAGGCAGUACACAUGCUGCUCCAUUCGGUACAAACCUCAAAAAUGAUGAAUUUUCGGAAGACCAAAUUUGCAAGAUUUAUGAAUAACAGAGUGCCUGCCAAUCGAAGAUAUGAACCCACUGAGUAUGAACAUGCGGCAAACUGUGCUACCCAUGCAUUCUGGAUUAUUCCCAGCAUCCUCGGCAGUUCCAUCCUGUGUGGCCUUUCAGACGACCAAUGGGAGAUGAUCUCAGCAUGGAUCUAUGGGUUUGGGCUGUGUGGUCUUUUUAUAGUCUCCACUGUUUUUCACACCAUCUCCUGGAAGAAAAGCCAUUUCCGAACAAUAGAGCAUUGCUUCCACAUGUUUGACAGGGUGGUGAUCUACUUCUUCAUUGCUGCGUCUUAUGCCCCCUGGCUGAAUCUUCGCGAGCUGGGCCCCUGGGCAUCUCACAUGCGCUGGAUCAUAUGGAUAAUGGCCUGUGUAGGGACCGUCUAUGUGUUUCUGUUUCAUGAACGGUAUAAAAUUGUGGAGCUGAUCUGCUACAUGAUCAUGGGCAUCUUUCCUGCACUCGUCAUUCUAUCAAUGCCAAACACCGCUGGACUGUUUGAAUUGCUGGUGGGUGGUUUCUUCUAUUGCCUUGGAAUGUUGUUCUUCAAGAGCGAUGGUCGGAUUCCAUUUGCACAUGCCAUCUGGCACCUCUUUGUGGCGAUCGGAGCAGGCGUCCACUACUAUGCCAUCUGGAGGUAUCUGUACCGUCCGGCCAUGUUGGAAAUGAGGACUUCCAAGUGA